AUGUUCAAGCUGUUCACUGCCUGCUUUGUUGCGCUCUUCGCCGUCGUCUUCGGUGCUGCUAAGCCAGCACUCCUGGCCUCGCCUGCCGCCCUGGCGUAUUCUGCUCCAUUGGCAGCUGCGCCUUUCCCUGCCGCCUAUGCCGCCCCAGUGGCCGCCGCCUACACCGCCGGCUAUGCGCCUUACAUUGCUCCCUACGCCAGCAGCUUUACCGCUCAUGGCGUCGCUCACUCUGCUGCCUUCCCCGCCGCUUAUGCUGCUGCAGUUGCUGCUGCUCCAGCUCCGCUCGUAGCCGCUGCUCCUGCCGUUGCCCCAGCUGUAGCUGCUGCCGCUAUUCCUGUGGUGAAAAAGUAAAGUUCUAAAUUUUACGUUGGAUUGUUAAAAGCGAAGUGCCCCUAAA